AAUAUCAUCACUUGAACUAAGAAUGUGUAAAAUAGAGAAGAAAGGACUGUUUUAUCUUGGAUGUGGACUUCAGCUUACAGGUACAGCAUAGGAGGACAAAUCUAUAUAAAUAUAUAAUAUUGAUGAGCAGCGGCCUUGGGCGGUUUGGACGAUAGGAAGUAUGUCUCCUACUACCAAGCCUAAGGAAUCACCAGCUCACGCAAACACUGAAGAUUCUCAUGAUGAUUUCAUAAAAAAUUCAAGAAUUUUGAUCGAAUCAACAAAAAGCAAGAUGGAACGCGUGCAAUCAAUGUCAAAUGAGUUGGGUUAUCUCACCAGCCUCAUAAAGGAUGACCGGAAGCAGGCAACGAAAUCAAGACAGCAAAUUGGCAACCAAUCGAAAAAGAGCAUCGUCGAUGUCAAGGACCCCAGUGUAGGUCGUCAUAAGGAUAGCAGGCCAGUUCGACAGUCAGUUCCUGGGCAUAUCGUGUUCGAUAAACCAAAGAAAAAAGACGCAUCGCCUAAAGUAAGCAGUAAGUUAAAAAAACUGAGUGACGGAGGAAGGUUUAAACUAAUCGAAAGUACUUUACAGAAGGUGAAAGAGGCAGACGCGAGGGGUAAAGAAUUAGCGUCACCGGAAACAAGAGACUACUCGACAACAAAAACACAACAAAUAGUGAUUCCCAGGGAUACCAAUGUCGAUGAAAAAACGGAGGACGCGAAAUCCAAUUCCGAUCGUGUGACCUGUUGUGACACAAAGAAUGGAAGUGACGUUUUGCCGGGCUGUUUGUGCGACUGUGGUGGUAAUCUAAUUGUUGAUGAAUCAGCAGAAAGAGCAAUUGCUGCCAGGCAUCGGGCAAAGUUUAAAACGAAACCACGUGGUCCUGUUUCCAAACAUUGUUGCGUACGUCAUUAUAGCUCAUACCAAGGGCCGGUCAUAUUGGCAGGCGAGGACACGGCGUUCUCACAUCUUCCUGCCUUGCACGUGCACAACCUUCAAGUUCCUUCACCAAGGCCAAGGUCAAAUAUGGACAUCGGGUGCAAGCAUUCUAUCCAAAUUGUAAAGGAUUCAAAUUCACUCAGUGCGUGUCUAAAUAAAGAAGACAUUCGAAACGCAGAGAAACGGAAACUGAAAAAUUGGUGGCAUCAUAGAUGCGCAUGUGUACAAGAGUACAUCCGACAAAAUGAACAAAUGGAAUCAAGGCGACCAACCUUGAAGCCGAACAAAGUGACGUUACAGACUACUGGAUUUUCUUCCAUAUAUUCGGAUUCGGGUAACCUCGUACCGUAUGAGGAGGUGUCCAUAGGAUACAGAUUAAUGGUGGGAGGGAAAGCAUCAUUUCCCAUCAGUAUACGUCACUUGAGAAAGUUCAGGGCACCACUCAGACGGUGAUGGGAAUUAUUGGGCGGGUAUAUGUCAACACUAGAAUGAAAUGCUGCAACUAAAAACUUUAGCUUUGGUACUCGUUGGAACGUCAUUGGAAGCCUUCAAUACGACAGUUUUUCGUGAAUCUUAAUAAAGUCAGAUCUUAUACCGAGUCGCACUGUGUAUGACACGGACAGUUCAUGCUACAAGUUAAAAUCGUAAGCAUUGUUCUUUAACAUCAAUUCUUUUCUUUUGCUAACUGAAGUGACAGUAAGACGUUACUCAACCAAGCGCUACAGAAGGUAAAAAAACCACCCCUCGGCAUUUACACGUGCAUUGUAUGUAUAUACACAAACACGGUACGUUGUUGCAGAUGUACUUAACCUUACUGGGGCAGGAAUAUCGGUGCCAUCAAAGUAAACUCUCUUCUUUCAAUAGUAAUACUAACUUUGUUGCACACAUAAGGUUCUGAUGUAUUAGAUACUUGUAUAACGUUUUAAGGAGGAUAACUCAGACAAUGGUCAGAAACAUUAUGUGUAACGUAACUUAAUCCUUAAUUUCUAUUGUUCUGGACACCGAAGGUGAACACUUCCUAGUGUCUAAUCAAUACAAAUGUUUGCUGAUUUACUGGGUUUUGCCCCAACAUUUUCUCAUCAUGCUCAUCUGUAGAUUAUUUCUAAAUUCAAUAUUAGAAGCACAACAGAAUGGGGUGUGAACUAUGUGCAGACUUAUCGGCACUACUGUCUGAUGGCAAUAAAUAAUAAG